GCAGCGAGAGCAGCGAGCACGAUCACCUGUACAAUGUUUGCUGAGAACACUUCUUACACCUUGGCCUUCGACCAGACAUCAUCAUCAUCAUCAUCAUCACCACCACCAUUAUCUUCAAUAUCACCAUAUCCGUUAUUACUAACAUUAGCACUAUUAUCAUCAUCAUCAUCAUCAACAUCAACAUCAACAUCAGGAGAACCAUCAUCACCAUCACAAGCUAUUUCUCAGAGUUCCUCAGACGUUUUGGAAGAAAGAACAUCUGGAGCACCGGGAGUCUCCAAGACUUAUCCUGGAUGGAGGCUGUACGUUGUAAGUUAUGGCACCCUGGCAUGUGGAGGAGUCCUGGUGAUGCUGUUACUUGUGAUUAUUGUUACGUACUGUUGCUGUUACAGAGGGACAUCACAUGAAUCGGUUCCCACCAACGAGCCGCCCAAGCUGAAAACACAUGAUGAAAGUAAUUCGCAUUCUCCUGAUGAAAGUAAUGAGAAAGAGACUGAUUCUGGAGAAGUGUAUGAGAAUCUGGCGCUUUCUGAGUCGGAGUACCAGUGUAUACAGAUGAACAAUCGAGCCUUAUCGAUUUACGAGACCAUUCAUGAACAUGCUGAGGACAGCGGGACACACGGCGGGACACGCGGCAAAUGUGGUUGGACAGGCGGCGGGACUGACGGUGGGACGUGCGCAGAGGACAUCUAUCAGGAAAUCUAAUAAUUCCUAAGCGCACAACCUGGUCCUUGCUAUUCAAGCCAUAAAGUUCAUUUUCAUUUUCUAUACUGAAAAAUAUACUUCAUUGAGAAAAGUCUGACAUAAAAAAUCAUUCGAAUGA